CACCACCACUACUCUCCCCAGUCAAUGUCAUGGACGAGUUUGAGUUUACGUUUGACCAUGCACAUCUCCUCCCGACUCCCCCGCCUCUCCCGCCCUCUGCAGAUCUAUUCAGUCCCGCCGAGACUACAGACCUCCUCGGCUUCCUCGACAAUUUUACUGCUUGGGACACAUCUACCCAAUUCGACACUUCCUUUCUCGAUAAUAUGAUGCCGCCAUACACGCCUAUAGUCCCUACACAUCCUAUGCACCCUUCCUCACCUGUACCCCCAACGCCUAAAUCAGCGCCCCCUUCAGUACCUCCACAACCAGUACCCCGUGCCAAACCACUCCUCAGCACACCCCAGAAACGCCUAAACCAUAUCAUGUCAGAGCAGAAGCGCCGUAAUGCCAUACGGGAUGGGUACGCCCAGCUCAUCACCCUCCUCGCACCAGAGGGCUCAGAGCCUACGAUACCCAUGCCGUCCCGGGGUAGACCCAAGGGGAGCGGCGCACGUGGAGGUGCAAAGGGCAAAGGCAAGAGCGGUGUCCUCUUCCGUGCUGUCGAGUAUGUGCAAUGGCUUGAAGAGGGUCGGGAUGCACUAAAGGAGGAGGUCGCUAGAGUGGAAGCUGCAGCUGGAGUGCAGGCGUGAAUAUUACAUUUUUUAUCGGUUAAUUGUUUUUUUUGUGAUACCCUGUUCUGUCUUUUACUCGAGGAGUGUACUUUAUCAUGUGAAUUCCCCACAAUCAUACAAGGACCCACAAACUAGCAUGUGAAUUCUGUCCUCUUCGUUUAAGACAGUUAGGGGUAGAUCUCCAGACAUUGUCCGCACACUUAUUGUUCAUGCGACCAUUCACUAGCCUCGAAUUCAUG